AUGGGUCGAUCUACAGUCAUGAAGCAGACAUAUUUCACCGAUUCAAAAUUGCGGGACGCCGUUAAAGCCAAAGGGUACGAUGUGUACGACGUCUUUGAAAAGCUAAGACGCUACACAAGAGAAGAGUUUCGCCUCACUCAAACUACGUGUUCCCAGCCACAUGCCAUUCAGAAUGUGCAAAAUAUGCUUGAGGAGGAAUACUCAAACAUAUUCGAAGGAAAUUCUGGGUCCGAAUUGAGAAGAUUGGUCAAGUCUUACAUCAUGCGUGUCCAUUCCAGUGCCAGGACUUAUUCGAAGGCCAGGGGUCGGUUGAUUGAAGAUUUAAGUGGUGGUAUGUCUGAGGGCGAUGACGAAGAUGAUGAAAAGGAAAGCGAAGUUGAAUUUGUCGAGCCAGUAGACACGAAAAAUCCCCGCACACGCAAGGCCCCACUACGCUCCAGACAAACUCCUUUGAUGCCUAUCGUUGCACCUUCAAGUUUGGCUAUGGUGGCCACCAAAUCUAAAUCGAGCUACGCACGUGCCUCUGAAGGCUCGAGCUCGCGCGCCAGCUCCCAACGUCGCAACACUGAUCGUUCCGCUGCUCCAAGUCGAUCUUCUCUCGCCAGAAACCAGGACGUCGAAGCCGUUGAAAUUUUUCUAAACAACUGCGUUCCCCCAAUGACACACUUCCUUGAGCGUUUCUUAACGUAUGGGUGUCGAAAUGCGCAGUUUCUUCACUCUGUGUCUACCCUUCCGCGAGACGGUAUUGUUAGGUUCAUCAGAUCGCUGCCAUGUUUGGAUGGGGGGGUCAUGAGCGAGAUGGAGGUCUUCCUGCUUACAGAAAACUUUUUGAACUAUUCUCCAUAG